ACAGUUGACAGUUAUUAAAUGGAAGUUUAGUUUAAAUUCAAAGUAAAUAUUAACUUCUGUCUGAAUUAAUAUUACUGUUGUGUUUUGGAGGUUGUCUUGGCGUUUCACUCUUACAAUUUGGAAAUGUUUUCAGAUGUAAGCAGGUUGUAAGGUCUUGUUAUGUCUAGAAACCUGUUUCGAGAACAUGGGAACUGGUUUCUCCUGUUUAGAGAUUCAUCAUUCAUUCAUCAACCUUUUACUGGGACCAGUUAUGUAAAAUCUAUUAAAAUGCGUAAAAAGAACGCCUUAAAAGAAGUAAAGAUGCCUUUGGGAGUGUCCCCUAAAACUGAACUCAGGGUGUUUAUUGAACUACUGCGUCCUUAUUCAACUGCACAGAAAGAAGAAAAACUGUUAAAAAAUCAGCCCUUCCGUUUCUUCCACAUUGUGCCUAGCUUAGUACAAAUAUAUGAACAUUGGAUUUGAGUUUUGUUGCUUUUCGGCCGAGUGUUCUUUGUAUUUACCGAACUCAGGAAGUUUCUAUUGAACUACUGUGUCUUUAUUGAACUACACAAGAAAAAACCAGCUCUCCUUCAAGUGAGUUCUUAAUACACUGAGAAUCAGCUGAUUGGUACUGGAAAGUUCUUUAGGCUUAUCAGUAACCAAAUGAAUUUGAUAAUGAUUCUACAAAGUUCGGUUAACAAAUGAACGUCGCGUCAAUCAGCGCAGUAUGAAAUCGAAAGAUAAGCUUUUAAAUUUAUCGGUUUUUUAAGUGAAGUCUGCCACGCCAAGACUUCGCAGGGGAAAUGAAAUUUUUAAUAAAAGUUCCUGAUCAGGUAGCAUUUGCAAUAUUGAGCAGUUGAUAUUAUAGCAGCUACUUAACUGAAUGCCGUGUAGCUGUUAAGAGGUCAGCAAACAUGGACUCAACAACUGGACAUGGAUCGUUCGAGUAUUCGAUUUCAAGCUGCUUUAGUGAACUAACAGCGUACAAAAUCGGAGAGACCAUUGCUUUGACUCUGAUCCUUGCUGUUUCGCUGAUGGCAAAUUCUUUCAUUGUAAUGAUCGUUUAUAAAACGCCAACCUUGAGAAAACCGAUAAAUUAUUUCAUCGCAAACAUGGCCAUGUCCGAUCUGCUUGUUCCUUUCUUUACUGACGUUUCCAGUACCGUUUCGAUGCAGAAUCUGGUUUUAACAAGAGUGGAUCGAUUUGUAGCAGUGGUAUUUCCACUCCGCUCUCCACUCAUCAGAUCCAAGCUGUGUCCGUUCUUCAUUCUCGGCACGUGGAUAGCCGGAGUGGCUGUCAUUUCGCCACAUUUUUUCACCUUCCAACUCGUUGAAAACUCAUUAGGGAAAAUGUUCUGCGCGGAGAGAUGGGAGGAAGCAUUCGGAGAGUCCCUGUCCUUUGGCGACUACCAAUUAGCAGGCUCUAUUCUGUUUAGGUUCAUCCCUGUGAUGUUGUUAGCCAUUCUUUACUCCAUCAUGCUUCUCAAGCUCAAAGCACGGGUACACCCAGGUGAACGGUCCGCAAACACUCAGCAACAGAGAAACAGACGAAACAGAAACGUGCUUCAAAUGUCCAUUGCUAUCGUGUUAGUGUUCGUGUUUUGCUGGUUACCUUAUGAUAUUACCUUUUUUAUCGUAAAUUAUCGAGCCAGUUCCAUACAUUUUUCCUGUGGUUUUUGGCUAUACUAUGAAGUCACCUACAAUAUGGCGGUCGGGUACUGUGCUAUCAAUCCGAUUAUCUGUUUUAUUUUCAGCAGCAAUUACCGACAAGCUCUUAAAAGACUCGUGAACUGUUCUUAA